AUGCGGCCAGCCAGUGCCUGCAGCCAUCGGAGCAGUCAUACUGAUGACCCUGACCUGCUGGCCGGGCUCUGGGAGCAUGCUCGCUUUGCCCGGUUGCCCCGAGAUGCACCCAGCGAGCUGAAGGAGCUGGUUGAGGAUAUCGACAACCCCAAGCGCGUUUAUGCCAUACACAAGGCCAGUCGCCGUCACAACUUCCAGCUCCUUGUCCAAAAAUACAUCGUCCAGCUCCGCGAAGGCUGUGGUGCUGAGCACUGUUCGACUCCGACCUGUUUUACUUGUCCUUUACACCUUGCAAGCCAGGACAAUCCUGAGAGUGGACUAUGUCCUUCUCUACGACCACCUAAAGGGCCUCCUGCUGCCCUCAACUCUCUCACCAUAACACCCAUAUCUAAGCCGCGCAUGCGUGAUGACCGCGUCUCCACUUCGUCGCCAAAGUCCCACAGCCGUUCAGUGUCGCCUAAGGCUAGUGCUAGCAAUGCUAUCCUAUCUACAAGUUCAUGCUCUCACAUAGAGACCCAAGAGGCCACCGGACCACAAAUUAGACAAGAUUUCCCCCAGGGGAUCGCAAUUUCGGAGAGGCCUGUUAGCAAAGACCAUCGGUCCUUUGCUGCCAACGUAUUUGGAACUGUAGCAUUUAAAAUGCUGGAAUGGCUGACGCCGGCUGCGAUUGACGACAUGUCGCGCAGGGUGCGGGCUCUUCAGGGCGAUCGGAAGUCUGACGAGUCCUCAAGGGUUAGUAGGACGGAACAGAGUAGCAAGACCGGCAACGAGCAACAAAAGCAGCGUCAAACAUUACAGGCUGCUCCUCCUGGUUCUCAGGGACAUGCCACCAGAGACCAAGCUGGGACCGGGACUGGAAGAGCGGAGUUGGACUCCCAAGGGGUGAAGGAGAGUCCACCGUCAUCACAGCCCCAGCCACAACAGCAGCUGGAGGGCCAUCCGUCAUCCCGCACAGCAUCACAGCGCCGUAACUCUAAUGCUAAAGUCCGGACAUCGUCGGGGCCACGACCUAAACGACAAUUAUCGAUCGAUCCUUAUCUCCAGGACACAUCUGCAGACGAUACGUUUGCGGGACUUCUGAAGUCUCCCCGGACAACUAACGGGUCAGCAGACAAGACUUCUCGAAAUCCUAAGGCGACAGGAUCUAGUCUUUCUAGACCUAUCUCGCAGCUCUCCUCAGCGGGAUUCUUCGACGAUGUCUCCCUCGAGAAGAUGCCGGCGCCGAAGGCCCUCGAACUCAAGUCAAGAGGCGCCAGGGGUCAGCCUGACUCCGGAAAGAUAAGCGAAUCCAGCAGCCCCAGGGACUCUGCUUCUGCAAAGAGGACUUCUUCCGAUCGGUUUGGCAGCAACGGGUCCGACGAUGCUGUUGGUCAGGAGGUGGAGUCGGAUGACGAGAAUAUCCUUCCUCAGACGCUCUCCCGGUUAAACCCGGAGGUUAUUGACUUCAUCUGCGAUAUCAUCCAAGAGGAUGGUACCGCUGAAAAGCACGUGUUUGAACCGCCUACCAUUGCGCGAUUCCACAAUUGGCCAACAGGAAAAGGAAAGGUGCUGAGGCGGAAGCGUCGUCCUGGUCGCAUCUAUGACCCCGACCUCAAGCUAGAAUGGAAGCUAUUCGUCGAGCAGAGCCUGUUCUAUGUGUUGAGCGACCCUCACCUCUUGCUCAAAUCGUUCACGAAGAAAGGCCAGCUCUACGACUCCCAAACUCUGUGGUAUUGCAUGCUUCGCAUGACCCGUAUCAUGCCGAGCGUUGUCUUCCACAGCUUAUGGUUGGCCGCCUCCAGUCUAUUUGCGCCCCCUAAGGCGCUCCAGUCGUUGAGGUCUCCUACGACCAAACUUUUCCCCAAGAACGAGCCUGCGCUUUCCAACCAAGAUGCAGGGCGUCUCUUGUCAAUCUGUUUCCACGCCCUUAUUGCCGCCGCCCCUUUAGUUCAAGAUAGCCGAAUUAUCCAGGACAUGUCGAGAAUUAGGUCGCAGGGCCUGGCUGUGGCAGCAGGCAGACAGCCGGUAGAACUCUGUCUUCAGUACGAGGAUGCUUUUACCGAUAGCCUUGCUCUGCGGUUGGCGCGAAGGCUCUUUGCAGCCAUUACCUCUCGCCGAGACUUCAACGAGCUCAUCACAUCCAACAGUGAGAGCGACGAGCCAGAAGACCAGCAAGAUGUUCUGGCACCACUCUUCUCUCAGCUCGACUUCCUGAAUGUCGACGCCGUCUACGUGCUGGAUUUCUCAGUCCCAGACCGCGCCGUUCAUGAAACCCGUGUCCCAGUGCUUCUCCUUGAGUGGGCUAGGACCGUCAUGAUCAAUGAGUGGAAUGGCUCUCCUGAAGUUCCCGGAAACGGUCCCUUCGGCGGGGCUCUUGCACUGAUAGACGCAAUGUACAAGAGACGCCAUGAUUUGCUCCUUGCAGACGGCCAGUUCCUGUCUGAAUACUUUGCCGAACGCUUGGACACGGUUCAUAUGCCCGUCGCGUGGCUGGGUCAUGAGUCGACGCGCCACAAACUGCACCUCCUGGACUUUCCAUACAUUUUCAGGGAUUCGAGUCUUGUGUCAUACUUCCGGUCCAUCAAUUUCUCCCGCAUGAACCAGUCUCACGAGGAGGCUAGCGCGUGGCACAGGAAGCUCGAGUUCAUCGCCCCUCGUUCCGGCUUGGGUCAGCAUCACAAGGAAGAAAUCACUGAACGUCUGUCCUCCGCGGCGAGCAAGUACUUAAUUUUGCAGAUACGACGUAACCAUGUCAUUGAGGAUGCCUUUGACCAGUUGUGGCGGCGAGAGGAACGUGAGCUCCUCAGGCCUCUGAAGGUCCACUUGGGUGAAGCUGAUGGCGAGGAGGGGUUCGAUUCUGGCGGCGUCCAGCAGGAGUUCUUUAGGUUAGCCAUUGCAGAGGCACUGAACCCCGACUACGGUGCCUUCACAGUGGACGAACGGACCCGUAUGACUUGGUUCGUCCCUGGCUCCAUGGUGGAUGAGUGGAAGUUUGAGUUGGUUGGCCUGCUUGUGUCUCUAGCCGUCUACAACGGCCUUACUCUUCCCGUGACCUUCCCUAGAGCUCUUUACCGGAAACUUCUCGGCGAGCCGGUCACAGAGCUACAUCAUAUCGCUGAUGGCUGGCCCGACCUAGCGAGUGGCUUAACAGCUCUCCUGGAGUGGGACGAAAAGGACGGCCUCGUUGAAGACGUCUUCGCCCGUACAUACGAGUUCUCGGUUUCUGUAAUGGGCCAGCACAUCACGCGCGAGAUGAAACCGCCCGGCAGGGACGACGAGUGGCCGCAGUUCCCCAAGACCGCUCACCAAUCGUCCUCGCGCCCAGCUCCUCACGAGGGCAACCCUCCGGAAGAUUCCACGCCUCUUGUCACAGCCGCUAAUCGCAACGCGUACGUCUCUGAUUACAUCCGCUACCUGACCGACGUCUCAGUCCGACCUCAAUUCGAGGCCUUUGCACGCGGCUUCCGCACUUGUCUGCAUCCAAAGUCACUCUCCCUGCUGACCCCGUCCCUCCUCCAGUCCCUUGUCGAGGGCGUCCAGGAGAUCGACAUCUCUGAGCUGCGCCGCUACGCGCGGUACGUCGGCUGGGACGCAUCGCACCGCACAGUGCGCGACUUCUGGAGCAUUGUCAAGAAGUACGACAAUAACAUGAAGCGGAAGCUGCUCGAGUUUGUAACCGCCUCGGAUCGCCUGCCUGUCGGAGGGAUUAAGAAUCUCAUGUUUGUCGUGCAGAGGAACGGCGAGGAGAAUGACCCGGCAGGUAGGCUGCCGACCAGCUAUACAUGCUAUGGUACAUUGUUGCUGCCGGAGUAUAAGGAUAAGGAGAUGUUGAGGGAGAGGUUGGCAAUGGCGCUGGAGAAUGCACAGGGCUUCGGGUUUGCUUAA